AUGAACGCAUCCGCUCAACCCAUUCCUACCGAAAACUCUUUCAGCUAUCAGGGAUGGCGAGUCCUGGGAGCCUGCGUAGUUGGCAUGAUCUUCAGUUCUGGCCCAGUUCUAUUCGGAUCAUUAGGCCUGCUGGUGGAGUCUUUCGAAGGCGAGUUUGGCUGGGCGCGCGGCGGCAUCAUGCUGUCGCUCAGUAUCAAUACCCUGGCGACCAUUCUUGCCGCGCCACUCUGUGGCAGGUUGAUCGAUCGAUUCGGUGCCAGGGCGGUCCUGCUGCCGUCGAUAUUGCUGUUCGCACUGCUGUGGGCCGCCGUGCCGCUGAUGACCGGGAGUCUGAAACAGUUUUAUCUCAUCAUUGCUCUGAUCGGUUUCUUCACCGUGGGCACCCAAAGUAUUUCCUACGUACGGAUUGUCUCCGCAUGGUUUGACAAGCGUCGUGGACUUGCCAUUGGCAUUACGGCAUCAGGCCUGGGCCUGAGUUAUAUGGUGACGCCGCUGAUUGUACAAAGCGCGUUACAGCAGGGUUCCUGGCCCUGGACCUAUUGGGCCAUGGCACUGAUGAUUGGGCUUAUCUCAUUUCCCAUCAUGUUCUUUUUUAUCAGGAACGCCCCGCCCUCCACGGCCGAUCCGAUGCAGGCCCAGUCAGAAACGCCGCAAUACGGACUCACGUUGAAACAAGCGUUUGCGACCCGGGAAUUUUGGGUGGUUGGAUUGGCGUUGUUGCUUUUCUCCCUGCUGUUGACAGGGUUGGUUCCCCAUGUUGUACCCAUUAUGGCGGAACGGGGCGUUGACCCAGGAACAGCCGCCCGAGUCGCAGCCGUGAUGGGAUUUGCCACGUUUGUCGGCCGCAUUGUCGUGGGUUUUCUGGUUGACCGGAUCUUUGCGCCCUAUGUGGCCAUGGCCUUUUUCGCCAGCGCAGGCGUUGGAUUUUUUCUGCUCGCCUCUGGCGUGACUGGACCGCCUGCGCUGAUCGCCGCAAUCAUGAUUGGCCUGGGGUUCGGCGCCGAAAGCGACCUGAUUGGCUACUUCGUCAGUCGCUACUUCGGUCUCAAAUCCUUUGGCGAAAUUUAUGGCUAUAUCUACGCCGCUUUUCUGGUGGGCGCGGGUGCCGGGCCCUUUCUACUGGGUACUGGCUAUGACAUGUUAGGCAGCUAUAUUCCGCUGCUCAAAGGCUUUGCCAUCGCCAGCGGUUGUGGCUGCCUGCUGUUUCUCUUGCUACGGCCAUUUCCCAAUUUUGCAACCGUACAGGAGCGGUCCUCAUGA